AUGAGAAAUUUAGCUAUUAAUGCAGAUAGAAGCAACUGGAUGGUGUUUGAUCUUGGUGAAUUUUGCAGGGUGGAGUAUGUGGUGCUCUAUAAUGUUGUUCAAUCUGCUGAUGGCUAUUUGUAUGGAAGCGCUGAUAGGAUGGAAAAAUUUUCAGUGGGAUUGUUGUUGGAUUACGUUGUUGGAAGCUUACCAACUGACAAUAAGAAAUGUGGAACUCAUCCAUCUUGCAGUAAUGUUGGGGAUGUUUGUCGACUCAACUGUUCACAACCAUUUCAAAAAUCAAAAUAUGUUUUGUUGUUCUCUAAUGCGAAAGAUUACACUGUCAACGUGGCUGAAUUUCAAAUAUGUGGAGAUAACAUAAGUAUAGACAAUAGAACAACGGUCAAGAUUACCAGGCGACAUGACCAAUUACCAGGCGACCUGACAUCUUCAGAUCAUUGUGGAGUUGCAUGUCCCAGCGAUGAUCAUUUAUGCGGAGCUCCUGUUUCGAACUGUACAAAAACUUCUGAUUCAAUUGAGUGCAACGGCAGAAACUGUUCAGUUAACAAUGGAAUGUGUGGAGCACAUACAUGCAAGACAAACCUCGUUGGACCGUCCGAUAUUUCUGAAUAUGUGUGCAAUGUUGGUUACGACAAAAAUUUCUACAGCGGUGAUUGCAUAGACAUCAACGAAUGCUCAUUGAAUGCCAACUUAUGCCCUCUCAACAUUUCAACAUGUGUCAACACCGCUGGAUCUUAUGUUUGCAGUUGCACUGAUGGCUAUGUGAAGAGUGGCCAAAAUAGCUGCACUGCUCUGUUAAAAAAUAUUAAUAAAAAAAAGUUUUUUUUCAAAGAGUUCUCAGAAAUUUAUUGUCACCUACAAUGGUACACUGACUGGCCUGAUGUAGGACUGCCUAAUAACGUUGGCAGUUUACUAAACUUCCAUCACCACAUGAAAUCUUUCCUAGAAACUAAGAACAAUUUCGACAAAAAUCUAUCUAAUAUUGUUGUCCUAUGCGAAACAGGUGUCGGUGCUUCGAGAAUUUUCAUAGGUUUGAAUUACCUGAUUGAACGGUGCGAAGAUAAAAGCGUAGUUGAAGUGUUACAAUGUGUGAAGAAUCUCAGAUCUCACAGAAACCACGUGGUUCAAACUGAGGAAGAAUAUGAUUUCCUGUACCAAUCCAUGAUAUUUUACCACAACCUAGGUCAUACAUGUUUCUCCAUCUCUGAUGACUCCUUCACUAAAUUCCUAAACAGUGAAACUUUUAUAAAAUGCUUCAACAAAUCGAACGCAUUUUUGGCUUGCGAAAUAGGCAAGAACAUAAAAGGUAGUGUCCUCUAUGGAGAUGUGUUAGGUGAUGGUUCCAUAAUUGUUUUUAUUGAUUCAAAACCAACCAAACAAAACGCCCUACAAUUACUUAUUCCCGAUUCUGGAAAAAAACUAACAUUUCACAAGAUCACCAUUGAGAACAAUGGCGAAACGAACCACGUUUACAAGACAGCCAACUGUAUCAACAGCCCAUCAACCGUAGCGUUAACACUAACUAAGAAUGAUGAUGAAAUAAAUGAAGAUGAUAUAUACAAAAAUGAUAAUGUUUACAACAAACUAUCAAAUCAUGGUCGAAGUAUCAAGAUACAUUCACUAGAAUCCAUCGAUCAAAUCCAAUCUUUGUACAACCUGUUGAAAGAUAGUAUCAAAAAUCAAAAAUGCCCAGCUAUCCCAUUGUUAUACAAGUAUGUAUUUAUGUGCAGAAUUUGA